AUGGCCGUCGAAAGUUCAUCGACAACGUCAAGGCCAAAUGACGAUAGACCCGUCAUCUUUUUCGGCGGCUUCACCCUGGACAAGCAAAGGUCGGAGACUGAGAGGGAUGAUGGAGCCAUCGUAUCACAGAUAGAAUGGUUUUCCAUUGAUGUCCCAGACGCAGACGCAGACGCACACUGUCAAAAGCAAAAGCAAAAGCUGAAUCCGCUUUCGGUGAUGGAGAUUGAGAAUCAGUGUUACUUUGCAGCAUUAGACUCCUCUAUCUAUUGUAUUAGCCGUCAUCACUUUCGUGAUCGAGUUCAGAUUUUCGACCUCACCGGUGGUGAUAUUGAUGGUUGGCAGCCUGGUCCUCCACCGAUUGUUAGUAGAGUCAACCCACACAAGUUCGUCGUCAACGGAAAGUUGUACAUUUUAGGUGGUGUACGGGAAGUUGAGUCUCCCUGGAUGGAAGUUUUAGAUCCUAAAAUAGGAGUGUGGAAACCGUUACCCAAUCCUCCAGUGGAGGUUGGCCAUCAUAGUCGGAGUGUUGUCGCUCUUCUUCUUAAGCCCGAGAAGGCGCAGAUUCUUGUCAGUUCAUUCCUUAGUGGCGAUCGUCCUCCUCAAUUUCGUUUCCUUACAUACAACAUUGAUGAUCAGUCUUGGGAACCACUCGAUACUCCCGUGUCCGUCUUCAAGCUACUUCGUGGUUUUGGUUUCAGUCAGACAACUAAUACUGCUUUAGCAGAGGGUGAUACUCUCUAUUGGGUUUCCUUCGAUUAUUUCGCUAGACAUGAAUUGGUUAUUCACGCUUACAAUCUGAUUACUGAUGAGUGGUUCGAGGGCUUUCUCAACACUUGCGAUGAAAUUUUUGGGAAGAAAGAAUUACUAACUGAGCAUCGUCCUCACGGUCUUCUCCAUUUAGGCAAAGAAGGUUUCAAGGACUUGAAUAUUUCGGUUGUGGCCACCCACAAGUAUCCCAUGGAUCGCAGCAUAGAUAUCUUGGAUGCUCAGUUGCUGGAUCACUGCUCUUAUACAUCAAAGCGGAAGAAACCAAAGUAUUCAUAAGAUAAUUUUCUGAUGGUGGUUCUCUUCCUUUUGAGGAACAGAAAUUGCACAAAUGAAGAUUGGAUGAGAUUGAGGUAGAUGUUAUGAAUUUGGACAUCAACAAGGAAUCUAUGGGUGGUACUCUUGCACUCUGUUUUGGUUUCUCCAACUUGAUCAUAUGUGAUGCUUAGCAUUUGACGAGUUUUAUGGAACUUAUAUUUUAGUUGAAUUGUGUUAGGUUGAAUCAUGAAACUUCAUUUGGGAUGUCAUAUUUAUAAAGGACUUUCUAGAUUGUAUAUUAUAAGCACUUUCAUGCAAUUAUGAACUUUUGGAUUGUAUGCUUUAAGUUGAACUUCGUAUUUUUCAAUUUUUAUGGUAGUUAAACGCGAGCUGAGCCAUGCUA